AUGCUGUUUUACCUGACCACCUUGAAUCUUGCGAGAUUCUUGACCGAGACUGCUCAUGUACUCAAUGAAGGAGAAGGAGAUAUUCAAGCAGUCAGUGCACUUGAUGCUUGGAAGCAUUCGGACUUUUUAUGCCGAAACUACAUUAUAAAUAGUUUAGCAGACACGCUAUACAAUGUGUAUAGCACGAUAAAAACUGCUAAGGAGUUAAUGCCAAAGAAGAAGAUGAAAGAAUUCGAAACAAUUGAGAACGGGGAGAAGUUGUUCAUGGAAAAUUCAACAACCUCUGAAAUUAAGGGUCAGAGAAAGGUGAUUCUAAAGAUGACCUCGGGAAAAGAGCUGACUCUCAACAAUGUACUAUGUGAUGAAAAUUCACUAGUUAACUCGAAUUGCAUAUCCAAGUUCCAUAAUGAUUCUGAACAUAAGUGUGAAACUUGUAUUGAGACAAAAUUGACAAGGUCAUCCUUUAAGUCAGUUGAACGGAACACGGAACUACUUGAUUUAAUUCACAGUGAUAACAUGUGGAGGGAAGCUAUGUUAUCAGCAAAUUACCUUUUAAAUAAGGUGCCCCGAAAGAAAUCGGAAAAGACCCCUUAUAAGUUACGGAAAGAAAGAAAGUCUACCUAUAAACAUUUCCGAGUGUGGGGGUGUCUUGCAAAAGUGGUUGUUCCAAUACCAAAGAAGAAUGCUUCAUUCUUUGAAAAAGUAUUUUCAUACAGGUCCAAAGAGGAAGCCAGCUCCUUUAAACAAACAUAUGAGACAAUGACUGAAAAUAGUCAAGACGAAGAAUUAGAAGAAGAGACUGAGGUUAGACGCAGCAAACUGGAAACGACAGAAAAGUCUUAUGAUCCUGAUUUUCUGACCUAUAUGCUAGAAAGUGAACCUCAAUGUUAUCAAGAAGCUGUGACUUUCUCGGAAGGAUCUCAAUGGAAAGAUGCCAUUAAAAUUACGAGAAUAACAUCUAUUAGGGUGAUACUUGCGAUAGUUCUGAUACUUUACGUCAAAGACACUAAAGAUGGCUAUAUCAUUUUAUGUCCUUACGUUGACGACAUACUUAUUGUUGGUAGUAAUAAUAAGAUGAUUGAAUCCACUAAAAAUAUAUUAAAUUCGAGAUUUGAUAUAAAAGACAUGGGUUUAGCCGAUGUUAUACUUAGAGUUAAAAUCUCAAGAACAUUAGAUGGGCUUGUUCUAAGCAGGUCACAUUAUUUGGACAAAAUUUUGGAAAAGUUCAGUAAGGAUGAUAGUAGUUUGGCCAGAACACCGAUAGAUACAAACAUAACCUACACAGUCAGUAAAUUGAGUAGAUAUACGAGUAAUCCAGGAAAUGAUCACUGGAAAGAUUCAAAGUCUACCAGUGGAUAUGUGUUCACUUUGGGAGGUACUGUCAUCUCGUGA